AUGAACACAGAAGCUAUCAGGCAUAUUGAAAGAUUGCCUUUCAUGGCAAGUCUGAUUACUUGGUCUUACAUAUUCGUUCUUGCCACUCUCCGACUCGUUUUCUCGGGUUCCUCAUCUUACGACUUGCCUCCCUUAUGGUAUCAUACAUCGUUUCUGUAUAUGCUUAACUUCCUCCUGAUCGCUGUAUCUUUCCGCUCUGCCUUGAUUCACCCGGAAUCUGCUGUUUCACAAGCAUUAAUCGUUACUCGGUUUGUCUUGGUCUCUGUUCUGUGUGUCAUAGCUGUGACCAGCCGUGCGGGGAAUAAAGUGGUUACUCAAGAGAUUGUGGAUGGGCUUGAACCUUCCCGAGAACCGCUGGCCUCCCUCUUCUCUCUGGCAAGCUUUAGUUGGGUAGACCCUCUGAUUUGGAAGGGCUAUUGGAAGUCAUUUGAGCUUCACGACGUCUGGAAUCUCCGAAAUGAUGAUAUCGCUGUUACAGUUUUUUUGGAUACUAAUUGUUUGAAUAGAAAAGCGCAUACACUGGCUUGGACAUUGGCAAAACAUUUUAAGCGCGAACUUGCGGUGCAGGCUGCUUGGGCGGUUUUCUAUUCGAUGUUUACUUUUGCGCCUACGUUACUGCUACGAAUCAUCCUGCAGUAUGUUAAGUCGCCGGAGGAUACGCCUAAGAAUGUUGCAUGGCUGUUUGUGGUAUUGCUUUUCGUCACUGCGACUGUCCAGGCAAUUGGUAGCGGCCAAGCUCUCUACAUCGGUCGGAGGAUCUGUAUCCGUCUUCAUUCUGUGAUUGUUGGCGAGAUUUACGCAAAAACUCUCAGAAGGAGAGCAGCGGCCGGGGCAGAUCGCGCAUUAGGACCAAAAGGCAAACACGAUGGAAAGAAGGAUAGUGAAGGCAAGGCUAUUGCGACUGAAGACAAUGGAGAGCAGGCAAAUGCUGGUGCAAUCAUCAAUCUGAUGUCUGUUGAUUCGUUCAAAGUGGCAGAAGUUUGUGCUUACCUACACUUCCUGGUUGCGGGUGUUCCGGUACAAGUGGCGAUAGCCGUAGUUCUUCUAUACCAGAUCCUUGGCUGGAGUUCAAUUGCGGGAAUUGUUGUUAUGUUUUUCCUCCUUCCCAUCAACUAUUUCAUCUCUAGUCGAUUCAGUCAAAUUCAGAAAAAGAUCAUGGCGGCUACCGAUGAGAGGAUUCAUACCACAAACGAAGCGCUUCAGAAUAUUAGGGUUAUCAAAUUUUUCGCUUGGGAAGCCCGGUUUGCUCAAGUCGUAGGUCAAUCUAGGUCCGCCGAGCUCUUACAGCUAAGGAACAGGUAUAUCUUGUGGGCUGUGGCUGCUACUUCCUGGUACGGGUCUCCCAUCGUUAUCACUUUUCUUAGUUUCCUCUGUUACACAGUAGUCGAGGGGAAGACACUCGAUUCUCCAAUUGCGUUUACGGCGUUGUCGUUAUUCAACGUCCUUCGGGUCCCACUGGACCAACUUGCGGAUAUGGUCACCAACGUUUUGCAGACUAAGGUCUCCAUCGACCGUGUUGAGGAAUAUUUGUCAGAGGAGGAGACGGAAAAGUAUCAUCAACUGAAGCAGCCGGACGAGGUGGAUCCUAACGCUCCUUUGAUCGGGUUCAAGGAUGCUACUUUCUCCUGGGGCAAUAGAAAACAGAUUAAAAACAAGGGAAUGGGAUCGGCUUUUCAAUUGCAAGAUUUGAAUAUUGAAUUUUCUCCGGGGUACCUGAACGUUAUCGCUGGGCCGACAGGAUCUGGGAAAACGUCCUUGCUGAUGGCGUUGCUUGGUGAAAUGACAUAUAUCAAGGGAAGUGUACACCUCCCGGGAGCUCACAGUAGAGAAGAUUUGAUUCCAGAUCCGGUUACGGGAUUGACAGAAUCCGUAGCAUAUUGUGCACAACAAGCGUGGUUGGUCAACGACACGAUCAAGAACAAUAUUCUGUUCGCUAGCCCAUAUGACGAAGAGAGAUACCAUUCUGUUCUAAUAGCGUGUUCUUUGGAGCGUGAUCUGCAGAUCUUGGAUCAUGGCGAUGAGACCGAGGUUGGUGAGAAAGGUAUAACACUAUCAGGAGGCCAGAAGCAGAGAAUAUCGCUUGCUAGAGCAUUAUACUCAAACUCUAGUCAUAUUCUACUUGACGAUUGUCUGAGCGCGGUUGACUCUCACACGUCGAAAUGGAUCUAUGACUAUUGUAUCAUGGGUCCUCUAAUGGCAGGCAGAACUUGCAUCUUGGUUACCCAUAAUGUUGCCCUCUGUGUCCCGGAGGCCAAGCACGUAGUAGUGCUCGAUAAUGGUCGACUUCUCAGGUCGGGGAUUAGAUCCAAACCGCAUUCACAAAUGCCUUCCCGCCCAAGCACCAAUGGGGAGGAGUCUGCUGCCAAGAAAGACAAGAUUUCAGGAGAAGAGACAAAAGCUCUUGGUAGUGUUGAUUGGAGAGUUUAUUAUUUGUACCUUAGAUCCAUGGGCCCGUGUGCCCGCAAUGCGCCUUCUAUCACGAUCGCCGAAAAUACCGAUGACAUAAACCUGGUAUAUUAUCUGGGGGUCUACGCGCUUAUAGGUUUCGCAUAUACGUUUGUUUCGUUCCUUCGAGAGGCUAUCGUUUUUUAUGGUAGCUUGAUUGCCUCAAAGAAUAUUCACAAUCAACUGUUAUAUAACGUAAUGAGGGCCAAGUUUCGAUUCUUUGAUUCGACACCACUUGGGCGGAUUAUCAAUAGGUUCUCUAAAGAUAUGGAAGCCGUUGAUCAAGAGCGAUUGGAAUCAAUCCAGAGAAGCCCUCUGUAUCAACACUUUGGUGAAACUUUAAGUGGAAUUUCCACCAUCCGGGCUUAUGGUGAUGAGAGGCGGUUUGUUAGGGAUAACCUCUCAAAGAUAGACAACCACCAUCGCCCUUUCUUCUACCUAUGGGCUUGCAAUCGUUGGCUUGGUUUUAGAGUUGAUAUCGCCGGAGCAUUGGUCUCAUUUUUUGCUGGAGCCUUUGUGGUUCUCAGUGUUGGCAAAAUUGACGCAGGGUUGGCUGGUCUUUCACUAACAUACGCCAUCACGUUUACCGAUAACAUACUAUGGCUUGUGCGACUUUAUGCUAUGAAUGAGCAAAAUAUGAAUUCAGUCGAGCGAAUCCGCGAGUAUCUUGAGGUUGGUCAAGAAGCUGCUGAUAUCAUCCCUGACAACAGGCCAGUAAGCACUUGGCCUGAGAAGGGUGGUGUAGCUUUCGAAAACUAUUCAACCCGCUAUCGCCCUGGUUUGGAUUUGGUCCUGAAGAAUGUCACUUUCAACAUCAAGCCACUUGAAAAGGUAGGUAUUGUGGGAAGGACUGGAGCUGGAAAGAGUUCAUUGGCACUUGCAUUAUUCAGGAGUUUGGAGGCGGAAACCGGUAAGAUCGUGAUUGAUGGUAUGGAUAUAUCUACGAUUGGGCUGCAGGAUCUUAGACGGUCCAUCACCAUGGUGCCUCAGGAUCCUACUCUUUUCACUGGGACAAUCAGGAGUAAUCUGGAUCCUUUCGGUGUCCAUACCGAUGGAGAGGUUUUCAAUGCUUUGAAACGUAAUGUAUUCCUUGAUUUACAUAGCCCUAUUUCUGAAUCCGGGAACAACCUUUCCCAAGGCCAAAAGCAAUUAUUAUGUCUCGCGAGAGCGCUCCUUAAGGAUCCAGUAGUGUUACUAAUGGACGAAGCCACGGCCUCAAUCGACUACUCAACCGACACCAAAAUCCAGGCAACAAUCCGUGAGCUAAAGUCCACAACUAUCACCAUCGCCCAUCGUCUCAAUUCGAUCAUAUUCUACGACAAAGUUCUCGUUCUCGAUCAAGGAGGGGUCAAGGAAUUCGACUGCCCACACAACCUCCUGCAGAAAAAAGACAGCCUCUUCCGCGAGAUGUGUGAGUCGAGCGGGGAACUGGGUGCUCUAGAAGAGAUGGCCAAGAGAGCCUUCAUGGGAACUGGAACUCUUAUCGAAAUAGCACAAGACGAUAGUAACGACACUAAUCCCAACGACGUGGUAAUGUAGGAGAAUUAAGCAGAAAAGGCAGCAAAAAACCUCUUCAACACCACCAAUACUAUCAUCAUUAGCACGUCUCUGGUUGCAUUCCCCCCCCUCUCCCGUUAAAUUGUGAAUGUUCAUCGGCGUGAUCAAAAGUGGCUUUUCUUUCGUUAUUUCCUUUUAUAUUAUUUUUCUUGGUCUCCUGUUCUUAGUUUUAUUUUUCUCUCUCUCUGUUGGCAUGAUCCACUCAAGGUUAGAUGAAUAAAUCGUUUCUUUAGGGAGAAGCUUGCGGCCAGGGGGGCGAAAAACAUUGCUUAGUGGGUGGUAUAUGUAGUUUUUAAAUCGCUCGUGUUUUUAUCUAAGUUCCUGCGUUGAUAUUAUACCGCCUGUUUGCUUGCUUGUUUUGUUGAUCGAUUGAUCGAUUGGUUGAUUGAUGGAUGGGUGCAAGAUAGAGGUUGUUUUUGUUUUUUUGUGUGUAUGAUAUCAUACGAUAUGUAAGUGUCGUGCGAUGCAUGCUCUGCUAGGGUGCUGAUUGACUUUGUGACUUCUGCCGGAGUUCUUUCUGUAGGUUUAGUCUUACUACUAGUUAUCAUAGAUAGAAUUACCAAGUCUUAUCCCU